AUGAAAGCACUUGCAUUGACAGCAGCGUUGCUUGCGAAGGCUGUUGCCGGCCUGACGGCUGCAGAAUGGCGAAGUCAGUCGAUUUAUUUUCUUCUGACUGAUCGAUUCGGGCGUACAGACAAUUCUACGACAGCAACAUGCAAUGUCAGCGAUAGGAUUUACUGUGGUGGUAGCUGGCAAGGAAUCAUCAACCACUUGGACUAUAUCCAAGGCAUGGGAUUUACUGCUAUCUGGAUCACUCCCGUCACAGAACAGCUCUCUCAAGAUACUGGAGAUGGCGAAGCCUACCACGGAUACUGGCAACAGGAAAUAUACAACGUCAACGCUAACUACGGCACUGCUUCUGAUCUUCUGGCGCUCUCUACAGCUCUUCACCGCCGUGGCAUGUAUCUCAUGGUAGAUGUGGUUGCAAACCAUAUGGGCUAUGCCGGAGCUGGUAACACUGUUGACUACAGUGUCUUUAACCCAUUUGAUUCUUCUUCUUACUUCCAUUCAUAUUGUGAGAUCACCGAUUACUCUGAUCAGACAAACGUGGAAGACUGUUGGCUGGGAGACACCACUGUUUCCCUCCCCGAUCUCGACACGACGCUUUCUUCUGUUCAGACAAUCUGGUAUGACUGGGUUGCUGACUUGGUGUCGAAUUACUCAAUUGAUGGACUACGAAUUGAUACAGUCAAGCACGUCCAGGAGUCAUUCUGGCCCGACUACAACAGUGCUGCAGGUGUCUACUGCGUUGGAGAAGUCUAUGAUGGGGAUCCAGCUUACACAUGCCCCUACCAGAACUACCUGGAUGGUGUUCUGAAUUAUCCAAUUUAUUAUCAACUGCUGUACGCAUUCCAGUCAACAAGCGGCAGUAUCAGCGAUCUAUACAACAUGAUCAACUCCGUUGCAUCUGAUUGCUCUGACCCUACCUUGCUGGGAAACUUCAUCGAAAAUCAUGACAACCCACGAUUUGCUUCCUACACGAGUGACUACUCUCAAGCGAAGAAUGUACUUUCGUUCAUCUUUUUCUCUGAUGGGAUCCCUAUCGUCUAUGCUGGCCAGGAACAACACUAUAGCGGCGGUAGCGACCCUGCCAAUCGUGAGGCAACCUGGCUAUCCGGGUACGAUACAAGCGCUGAACUCUACACAUGGAUCGCCUCCACAAACAAGAUCCGCAGUCUGGCUGUCUCGAAGGAUACUGCCUACAUAACGUCCAAGAAUAAUGCUUUCUACACUGACAGCAAUACCAUCGCUAUGAAGAAAGGAUCGAGCGGCUCACAAGUCAUCACGGUUCUCUCAAACCGUGGGUCAUCGGGCAGCUCAUAUACCCUGACUCUGAGCGGAAGCGGCUAUUCAUCCGGCACGAAACUGAUGGAGAUGUACACCUGCACUGCCGCAACGGUGGACUCUAGUGGUAACAUUGCGGUACCCAUGGCUUCUGGGUUGCCUCGAGUCUACAUGCUGGCUUCUUCGGCUUGUUCGAUCUGCAGUUCUGCAUGUUCAACAACUACAACCUCAUCCACGACCUCGACUGCGACAACGACGUCAACCACCCUCAAAACUACUACAACGACCACCUCCACGAGCUGCACACAGGCCACUGCGUUGCCUGUUCUGUUCAAAGAGAUUGUUACCACUUCAUACGGGCAGAACAUCUACAUUUCGGGCUCAAUCAGUGAACUCGGUGACUGGGACACUUCUAACGCCGUUGCCCUCUCCGCUGACCAGUACACAUCAUCCAAUAAUCUUUGGUAUAUUGUUGUGACAAUUCCGGUAGGAACUUCAUUCGAGUACAAGUUCAUCGAGGAGACGAGUGGGUCUAGCAGUAUCACUUGGGAAAGUGAUCCUAACCGCUCGUACACUGUCCCAACUGGGUGUGCAGGCUCAACGGCAACCGUUACAGCGACAUGGAUAUAG